AUGUAUUACUACGAUCCUUAUCUAUUUGGUUUACAUCCAGAACGUAGAUGUAUAGAGACUUCAUUUGCAAGAUACUUUCUUGUAGAUGUAACUAAAGAAAUGGCAGAACGAGCAGUGAUUAGAAAGAGACACGAGUAUUUCUUAUUUCAUCAUAUUUGUUAUCCAUAUAGUAAAGUUCCAGGCUUUUGUUCAGAAACUUUGUGGAAAGCGAAGCAAUUUCAAUUUAGAGCAGUAACAGAUGAAGAUUUUGGAUUCUAUGAUGUAUUCAAAAAGCACAUGACAGAAGUUUACAUUCCAAGUCGAGAAAAAUAUUUUCCAGAAAAAGAAAUCAAAGAGAUCAAAAAUUUUGUUGAAACAGCUAAACCAGAAGACUUCUUAGUGAUGGAUCCCAGUACAAAAAAGUUUGUUCAAUAUAAUGAACGAUCUUUCCACAGAAUAUAUAUUUAUGUAAGAGAUUUAUUUGCACCUCAUUUUGGAACCCACUAUAUUGGCAUGCACCAAAAUUACGAUGUUUUCGUAAAUACACCUGAAGAAUAUAAGUGGUAUGUCAACAUAUUACAUGGUGUUGAAUAA